AUGGAUGACGUUUUACUUGCAAUAGAUGACGAGGUUGUAGUUGGAAUGUUGGGAAGAUAUCAGAGUAAUCUAGAUAUUGACCAUUGGAGAGCUGCAAAAAAAGUUUUGAGAUAUCUUAAAGAGACAAAGGGCUACAUGCUUACGUACAAACGAUUAGACAAUUUGGAGGUGAUUGGCUACUACGACUCAGACUUUGUCAGCUAUGUUGAUUCACGUAAAUCAACAUCAAGUUACAUAUUUAUGUUUGUUGGCGGAGCUAUAUCUUGGAGGAGCGUCAAGCAGUCUCUAACUACUACUUCCACUAUGGAGGUUGAGUUUGUUUCAUGUUUUAAGGUUAACUUACUUGGAGCAUGGUUGAAGAGUUUCAUAUCUAGACUUAGACUUGUAGAUUCGAUUUCUAGGCCAUUGGUGAUAUAUUGUGAUAAUUCAGUUGCUGCCUUUAUGGCUAAAAACAACAAAAGUCGAAGUUGA